AUGAAAGCGUCUAGAUCGAAGAACGACGUAUUGACGAACGGGACUCCAAAUCAUCAGCCGAAGACCAAGAGAGCACGGAUUAGUUGGAAGUCAACAGCCAGCGAUGAAGAUGAAGAACGAUUGUUGCAGCAUGGACCUGCAGAUGAGGACCAGGUGACCUCAGAGACAGAAUCAGCUACAGAAUUAGACCAGGAUGAUGGAUCCCAAAGCUCUCCCAAGCCGUCCAGCUUCUCAUCGCUACCAUCACUAGAUUAUGGACAGGAACUGUCUCCUGAUGAAGAAACACGCCUUACAAUAACUGCCUACCAAGUACAGCCCUUUCGUAUUCUCGUAUUCAAUGUCUUCUCGUGCUCGACACUGGGCCUUGGUUUUCUACUUGGACGCUGGUUCCCUAGAUGGAAGCUACUUGUAACAUGUACCGUAUGCAGUUUAAACACUGGCCAACGUAUCCUGGUUGAGAAUUCAUGGGGCGAAGAGGAUGUUAUAGACAUUGUGGAGUCGUCUUGGAAUGGGCCUUUAUCUGAUGCAUUCCCUUCAACCGCACCUCCACCUAUCGCUCCACGAGGAACUAUAUCUAGUGAUCUAGACCCAUCUAUGCCUACUAUCCGCAUGUUUGACUAUCGGUACUGGCGAUUUGUAUAUAAUCCGAUAUUUGGACAGUACGAAUGUAUAUCGAACUGGACUGAUCCCGUAUGGACUGUCCCUUCAGAAACCUUGAAAGGGCUCUCAGACGAUGGGUUCUUGAAGAGGCGGCAGAAGCUAUUUGGAUGGAACUCUGUUGAUGUGGAAGAGCCUAGUUGGAUGAAGCUUCUCUUUGAUGAAGUAUUGCAUCCCUUUUUUGUGUUUCAAAUCUUCUCCAUAAUCUUAUGGAGCUACGAUGACUAUUACAUAUACGCUGCCUGCAUCUUUCUCAUAUCCGCCAUAUCUGUAUUUACUACUCUAGUCGAGACGAAGAAGAGCAUCAAAAGGAUGCGGGAAAUGAGUCGGUUUUCAGUUUCGGUUCGUCUAUGGAGGAAUGGAGGAUGGUUAGAUGCUAGAUCGGAAGACAUGCUGCCUGGCGACAUUUUUGAGAUCCCACAAUCCGGAAUGAAUAUCUUUCCAUGUGAUGCUCUUCUCCUCAAAGGAGAAUGUAUAGUCAAUGAAGCUCUGCUAACUGGAGAAUCAGUACCAGUUGCCAAACUUCCAACCAUAUCUCCAACAUCUCUGGAAUCCAAUCAAAGCCAGCUAGUUUCUAUGUUAAGUGAUGGUAUCGAUCCAACACGAGAUCCUGUGUUGGCGAAGAGUUUUUUAUUUUCUGGUACAAAAGUCAUUCGAGUUAGAUUACAAAGACGGGAUAUUGAAGAGCCCCGUGGAGCUUUGGGAUUUGUGGUGAAGACUGGAUUCUAUACCACGAAAGGAGGUCUUGUCAGAGCAAUGCUUUAUCCAAAGCCCCACAAGAAAUUUCAAUUCUAUGAAGAUGCCUUCAAGUUUAUUGCCUUCUUGUUUGGCAUUGCCUGUAUUGGCUUCCUAGUCUCGCUGUAUAAUUUUGUCCAGAUGGGCGUUCCGUGGGAUAUCAUAUUCGUGAGAGCUCUGGAUCUUGUAACGAUUGUUGUCCCCCCAGCGCUUCCUGCUACAAUGACCAUCGGAACCUCAUUCGCUUUAGCGAGAUUACGGCGCUGGGGCAUAUACUGCAUAGCACCAUCUCGCAUCAACAUUGGUGGGAAACUCGAAGUCUUGUGUUUUGACAAGACUGAUGACCAGGUCCGGUUUGGUGGAUCAUGGGAACGUGUAGAGGAUGCUGUUGCAGACUCGUUGGAGGCCUUGACUUCGUACGAUGCUGAUGAUAGUGAGUUAGAUGGGAUUACGCCAGGCUUUCCAUACCCUCCAUUGGUAUGCGUUGCUGCUGUAUGUCAUUCUAUUAAGAUUAUUGAUGGGAUAUUGUCUGGUGAUCCACUCGACCUACAGAUGUUUGAAUACACAAGAUUUAGACUAGAUGAAGGCGGCUCAUCGGCAUCCAAUCGACGCACAUCAUUAAACGGAAUACCAAUAGCAGCAGUUAUUCGACCACCAUCUUCGACUUCAGGACCUAAAAGUCCCAGUCGUGGUGAUACCACGUCGCAAGACUUGUCUGAAUUGUAUAAUACCGAGUUUGGAGUCGUCAGAAUAUUUGAAUUUGAUGCUGGACUAAGGAGAGCUGCUGUGGUUGUCAAGAGAUUUAGAUAUCGUGGACGUAGAGAUUCUCUUGAUGGUCAAGAAUCUGAGCCUGGAUUUGAAGCAUUUGUGAAAGGUGCUCCAGAAGUAAUACGUGCUAUUUGCCGCCCGGAAUCAGUGCCAGAUAACUAUGAUUUCCAAUUGGCAGAUCAUGCUCGACGUGGCCAUCGUGUAAUUGCAUGUGCUUGGCGUAGAUUACAUUCUACCACUACUGGUUUCGAUGCAGCCACUUGUAAAAGAGAAGAAGUAGAAUGUGCAUUGACUUUUGCUGGAUUUGCAUUGUUUGAAAAUAGACCCAAGGAUGGAACAACACCUGUCAUGAAGGCCUUGUUUGCAUCACAUCUACGAACCGUGAUGUGCACAGGCGACAACGCAGGAACAGCCAUAGCCGUAGCUCGAGAAGUCGAACUUAUCCCACCAAACUGUAUAGUCUUUGUCUCUCGUCUAAUACCUGGCGAUUCGACAUUAACUUCCCAUGUAUCAUGGGAGUUAGUACCAGGUGGUGAUGAUAUUCGAUUAGGCACAGCUGGCCGAUUCGAUCUAGAUCCCAUCACCUUUAAGCUCAAAGUAUCGAACAUUGGUCAAACUCUACUAGAGCCUGGGCAUAGUCGAUCUCGGACUACUAGUAUCUCGUCGUGGCAGAGCUCGUUACGAAAUAUAAGUAUUGGUGGACGAGCUAGCAUGGAUGGACUGCUUGGACAGGCUCCUCCUCAACGUAGUUAUACCUAUGCUCUGGCAGUUACUGGAGAUGUCUUUCAGUGGAUGUUGGAGUUUGCCAGCAAGGAGAGAAUGGACAGGCUAUUGGUCAAGUGUCAGAUCUUUGCUAGAAUGUCACCAGAUCAAAAGCAAAUCAUGGUUGAAAGGCUCCAAGAUAUUGGCUACUGUACAGGCUUCAUUGGAGACGGUGCCAACGAUUGUGGAGCUCUGAGAGCUGCUGAUGUGGGCAUCUCGUUAUCUGAAGCUGAAGCUUCUGUCGCCGCACCUUUAACUUCCAAGUCUCCGGAUUUGGCCUGUGUCUUGCAAGUAGUCCGUGAAGGAAGAGCAGCUCUAGUCACUUCAUUUGGACUAUUCAAGUUUAUGGCAUUGUACUCUCUUGUACAAUUUUCAAGUGUUUGCUUGAUGUAUACUUUUAGUGCAAAUUUGGGAGAUGUUCAGUAUAUGUACAUUGACUUGAUUCUGAUACUCCCUGUGGCUGUAUUCAUGGGCCGUAGUGGACCAUCCAAAUCGAUAUCACCUCGACGACCUACUGCUUCUCUCACUUCGAAGAAAGUGUUGACUUCACUAGUAGGGCAGGUAGCUCUACAGGUUAUAGGACAAGUCUACGUAUUCCUGUGGGUUCGGCGGCAGCCUUGGUAUCUUCCUCCUCGUUACUUUGCGGGUGAUUAUGACAAGAUUGUUGGUUGCUAUGAGAAUACAGUUGUCUUUCUGGUCAGCAGCUUUCAGUAUCUCACUAUGGCGGCAGUCUUUACUCGCGGUCCGCCCUUUCGGGAGCCAAUAUGGAGGAAUGUCCCUCUAUUAUUACUGCUAUUGAGUCUAUUCGCACUCAACACACUUCUGGUAAUGGCGCCUCCAGAAUUCUUGGCCUACCAGCUAGAACUAGAGAACUUGCCGUACCAAGGAAGAGUCUACAUUCUUGGAGUCGUCGCUAUAUCCUCAGUGUCCUCCUGGAUUGGAGAACGAUGGGCCUUCCCGUUCAUUGCGAAAUGGAUUGCACGUGGAGCUGAUUUCCUUGUUGCCGUCACUCAAAAAUCCAAAGGGGGUCGUAAGGAACUCAAGAUUGAGAAAUGGAGACGGCGUGAUGAACGGAUAUCUGAGGAAACACGGAAUAGUAAAACAUACACACGACACACAUAG